AUGGCUAGUUUACCUGAAGAUCGUGUCAAUAUUUCUCGACCGUUUCAAAAAGUCGGUGUUGAUUUUGGUGGCCCAUUUUUUAUCAAGUGGUUCAGGUUACGCAAGGUAUCUCUAAUUAAAUGUUACAUUGCCCUUUUCGUUUGUAUGGCUACAAAAGCAGUGCAUAUUGAGGUUGUUUCCGGUUUAACCACAGAAGCAUUUCUCAUGGCUCUUAAACGAUUCAUAUCUCGAAGAGGAAACCCCUCAGUUAUUUAUAGUGACAAUGCAACUAAUUUUGCAGGUUCAAAAAAUCAAUUAAAAGAACUCUAUGAGUUUUUUAAGAGACAGGACAACUCUGACUCAAUUAAAAAUUUUCUCAGUCAAAAUGAAACCGAUUGGAAAUUUAUUCCUCCGCGUUCCCCACAUUGGGGGGGACUAUGGGAAGCUGCCAUAACAAGCACGAAGUAUCAUUUAAAGCGUCUAAUAGGAACUUCUAAUUUUACCCUUGAAGAGUUUACCACAAUUUUGCAGCAAAUCGAAGCUAUCCUUAAUUCGAGACCAUUGUGUGCUUUGUCCAAUGAUCCUUCAGAUUUAAAUUCUUUAACACCAGGACAUUUUCUGAUUGGAACGUCAUUAACAGCUUUUCCCGAGAAAAAUUUGUCAGCUCUUCCUCAGAACAGAUUGUCGUUCUGGAAACAAAGUGCUCGCAUACAACAAGUAUUCUGGAAACGCUGGUCCAUUGAAUACUUGAAUAGACUUCAAAACAGACCAAAAUGGCUCAAAUCAUCAAAAAAUAUUGAUGUUGGAACUCUCGUUCUUUUAAAAGAGGAUGACACCCCUCCCUUGCAUUGGCCAUUGGCUAGAGUUAUAGAAGUUUUUCCUGGAGGCGAUGGAAAAAUUAGAGUUGUAACACUUCAAACAUCAAAUGGCAGCUAUGUACGACCAAUCACAAAAAUAUGUUUAUUGCCCGAUCAAGACAUUACAGUAUGCGAAAAAGAAUCUUCUUAG